CGUCGGGGCGGGGAAGAGCGUCGUCGCGUCCGGGUGACGUCUCCCGCGGGCGUCGGCAGGGUCGGCGGCGUCGGCAGCAGUGUCGGCGGUGGCGGCGGCGGCGGGUGGGAAAUGGCGGAGUAUCUGGCCUCCAUCUUCGGCACCGAGAAAGACAAAGUCAACUGUUCAUUUUAUUUCAAAAUUGGAGCAUGUCGUCAUGGAGACAGGUGCUCUCGGUUGCACAAUAAACCGACGUUUAGCCAGACCAUCUUGAUUCAAAACAUCUAUCGUAAUCCCCAAAACAGUGCACAGACGGCUGACGGCUCACACUGUGCCGUGAGCGAUGUUGAGAUGCAGGAACACUAUGAUGAAUUUUUUGAGGAGGUUUUUACAGAAAUGGAGGAGAAGUAUGGGGAAGUUGAGGAGAUGAACGUCUGUGACAACCUGGGAGACCACCUGGUGGGGAACGUGUACGUCAAGUUUCGCCGUGAGGAAGAUGCGGAAAAGGCCGUGAUUGACUUGAAUAACCGUUGGUUUAAUGGACAGCCGAUCCAUGCCGAGCUGUCACCCGUGACGGACUUCAGAGAAGCCUGCUGCCGUCAGUAUGAGAUGGGAGAAUGCACACGAGGCGGCUUCUGCAACUUCAUGCAUUUGAAGCCCAUUUCCAGAGAGCUGCGGCGGGAGCUGUAUGGGCGCCGUCGCAAGAAGCAUAGAUCAAGAUCCCGAUCCCGGGAGCGUCGUUCUCGGUCUAGAGACCGUGGUCGUGGCGGUGGCGGUGGCGGUGGUGGAGGCGGCGGCGGACGGGAGCGUGACAGGAGGCGGUCGAGAGAUCGUGAAAGAUCUGGACGAUUCUGAGCCAUGCCAUUUUUACCUUAUGUCUGCUAGAAAGUGUUGUAGUUGAUUGACCAAACCAGUUCAUAAGGGGAAUUUUUUUUAAAAAACAACAAAAAAAAAACAUACAAAGAUGGGUUUCUGAAUAAAAUUUGUAGUGAUAACAGUA